AUGGUUAGGAACCAGGAACUGGAAGAGGUGGUCCCAAAUGACUCGGACCCUCUUCUUGGGAGGGAGAACAGGGAGUCUCAGUCAUCGGUGGAGCUGUCACCGCCACAGCCAGCAACUGUGAGCCCACCGGAGAUUGGGGAUGAAGAGACCGACGGCUCUUCUGCUGGGUGCUGCCGCAUUUGCCUUGAGGCUGAGUCUGAGAUAGGUGAUGAGCUAAUAUCACCUUGCAUGUGCAAGGGAACUCAGCAGUUCGUUCAUCGUUCUUGCCUUGACCACUGGCGGUCUGUUAAGGAAGGAUUUGCAUUUUCACACUGCACAACUUGCAAAGCUCAGUUUCAUCUUCAAGUCGAGACCUGGGAGGAUAACUCAUGGCGUAAAAUGAAGUUCAGGAUCUUUGUUGCAAGGGAUGUUCUCCUCGUCUUUCUUGCUGUACAGCUUACUAUUGCUAUUAUCAGUGCGAUUGCAUACUUUCUAGACAGGGAUGGAAGUUUCCGGAACAGUUUCAGCGAUGGUUGGGACCGCUUCUUGUCAAAGCACCCCAUACCAUUCUACUAUUGCAUAGGUGUUGUGGUUUUCUUUGUGCUCCUUGGAUUCUUCGGGCUGAUAGUACACUGCUCAUCCUUCAACGACAACCAGGAUCCAUGCUUGGCUGGGUGCCGGAACUGCUGCUAUGGUUGGGGCAUCCUGGAUUGCCUGCCUGCUUCGUUGGAGGCAUGCUUUGCCCUGGUUUUGGUUUUCAUCGUUGUAUUUGCUAUCCUUGGCAUCGCCUACGGCUUCCUCGCUGCAACCAUGGCGGUCCAGAGGAUCUGGCAGAGGCAUUAUCACAUCCUGACCAAAAGGGAGUUGACAAAGGAAUACGUGGUGGAAGACCUUCACGGCAACUACACGGCGCCAAAGCUUGAUCCGGAGCAUGAGGAACGGCUGAAGAUGCUGAAGCUCCUCUAG